CCAACUUCUAUAAAAUAUCAGCUAAUCGGUGAUCUUUCGCUGCCGUCCUUGAAGUAACUCCUUCGUUCAAAGUUACUCUCAUCCUUCGUUACGCGCACUUGUGAUAAAAGUUCCCGCAGCUUUACACUUCUUCCGCUCUAUCCCGUACUUCCCGUGCACAAUAACCUCAGUCAAGAUGAAGUCGGUUUACGCCAUCCUGGCUCUGGCCGGCUCUGCUCUGGCAGGUGGAUAUGGUGGUAAGGAUGGUGACAAGACUGUGACCGCUACCACCUACGAGACAACGACCGUUUGCCCUGUGACAAACACUGUCACCAAGGGAGGAUCUACCUAUGCUGAGACUACACUCACUACCUCCACCAUCACUGUGACAAGCUGUGCAGGGGGCUACUGCGGAGGCGAGGUCACAACCACUCUCCCAGACAAGACUGUUGGAACAACAACUGAGGUUGAUGUUACCUACACUACUGUUUGCCCCGUCACCGAGACGAAGACCGUUGGUGGCUCAACUGUCACCAAUGUCUACACCGCUACCAGCACUUAUAUUGUCCAAGGAGAGUCCACUGUCUACAUUACCAAGACCGGUCCUGCAGUGACCGUGCCCACCACAACUGAAGUUGCGGUCACUUACACCACUAUUUGCGAUGUGACUGAGACCAAGACCGUCGGUGGCUCAACUGUUUAUGAGGUCCACACUGCUACCUCAACCUACGUCGUCAAGGGCGAGUCCACCCACUACAUCACCGCAACCGGUCCAGCUGUGACAAUCCCUACCACCACCGAGGUUGAUGUGACUUACACCACUGUCUGCCCUGUCACUGAGACUGUCUCCGCUCCCGGCUCAACUUAUACCAAGACCUACACCACCACCAGUGUCGUUGUCACCAAGAUUGGAACCACAGUUUACGAGACCAAGAGUGGCCCUGCUGUUACCCAGACUACCGGUGCCAUUGAAUACACUACCUUGACCAGUCUGUGCCCUGUCACUGAGACCAAGACUAUCGGUGGUUCUACAGUUGUCCUUACCUGGACUUCCACCUCCACCAUCAAGACUGUUGUCCCCACAACCGCCACUGCUUACACUUCUUAUGUUGUAACUCAGCACGUCUCUACUGAGGUCUUCACCACCGAGAUCUCCCCCGAGACCACCUACACAACCGUCAGCGCCGGCAGCACCAUCUACGUUACCAAGACCGGUACUGAGACUGUCACCUCCACAAAGGAAUACACUAAUGUUGAGACUGUCCCUGUCACCAAGACCACUGAGGUUGAGGUAACAUACACUACUGAGGCUACUGCCGGCGAGACUGUCACUGCCUACCCUACCGUUUGGGUUACUCAGAGCGGUUCAACCGUCAUCACCCAGUCGAAGGCUCCCACUACUGUCAGCUCCUACCACAGUGCUACUCUGCCCGCCACCUCUACCUCGGCCACGGCCCCUGUGACCGUUUCCACCGCACUCGCUGCCCAUGUCACCCAGGCUGCUGGUGCCAUGCUUGCUGGUGUUGCUGCCCUGAUGGCAGUUUUGUAAUCACCUGGAACACGGAAUUACAUAUAAUUUUUAAUUUUCAUGGCGGAAGCACAACUUUCGCAUAUAUUUAAUGACAUUAUGAUCACGCUACGACAUCAGAACGGCUUGGCAUAGACACUCCUUUAGGAACAAAGAGAUGGGACGGCGAUUUGGUGAUCAUGGAUGGAAUUCUCCAUGGGUCGGAACCGGAGUUGGGGUCGUAUAUAGGACAUAGGAGUUUCCUUGGGAAAAUCAUAGCAUUUAGGACGCUGAAAACUUGGCAUGAUCCCCGAAUAUUGGGUCUCAUCUAGUAGUAGUUUCUAGUUUAGAUAAUUAUUAUUCAUGUACAUAGAUCCACUUCAGAAGCCUCUCAAGAGGCUAUAUUAAUCAUGACUCAUGCCACAA